AUGCUCGUCAUCAGGAAAAUUGUUAGUCACCUUAUCAAUGCAAUAAUUAGAAUUAAUAUUAAGUAUUUAUUUACCUAUGUCAAACAUACUGCGGAUCUUUCGUCUUUCACCAGGCACAUCAUUCAAAUCAAAAAACAUUACUUUUACGCGGACUUGCCGGCCGGCUAUCAAAUCACACAGCAAAGAGCUCCUUUGGCUAAUGAUGGCAUUAUUAAUUUCCAGGUAUUUACCCCCGGAAUCCACAAGAAGCCAUACACCAAAAGUUCAAAGAUCAAGCAGAUUCAACUGGAGCAGGACAGCGGCAAGUCAUUGCACGAUGCCGAGUUGAAGAGGAGCCUCGUAGAUCUGAACCGUGCAGGGGCGCCUCUUAUAGAGCUUGUGUUUGAACCUGAUUUAGAGGAUGGAGAAGAAGCAGCAGCACUGGUCAAGGAGUUGGUACUCAUUGUGCAGCGCCUGGGCGCGUGCUCGGGCCGCAUGGAAGAGGGCGCUCUAAGAGUCGACGCCAACGUGUCUCUGCGCCGCCCCGGCCAGCCGCUUUCUACGCGCACUGAGAUAAAGAACAUUGGGUCAGUGCGCGGCGUGGCUGGGGCGAUCCGUCAUGAAAUCGACCGACAACGCGACAUCCUGGAGAGAGGCGGGACCAUCGUGAACGAGACUCGCUCCUGGGACGCCGCUAACAAGCUUACCGUCGCCAUGAGGGACAAAGAGACUGUGCAGGAUUAUAGAUACAUGCCCGAGCCCAACUUGCCGCCUCUUCGAGUGAACUUACACACCAGAGAGGAUAGUCGAGACGUGAUCAGCGUUCCACUGAUACAUGACAGAAUACCAGAACUGCCUGAAGCUACCAGAGCUCAACUUAUAGAAACCUUCCAUCUGCGACGAGAAACCGCCAUACAACUCGUCAAUGAACCCAUGCUUUUGGAGUAUUUUCAAGAACUCACCAAUGGAAGUUCCAAAAAUUCAACGAAAAUUGCCAAUCUGCUGCUGAAUGAUCUCCUGACAGUACUGAAUAAGAAAAAGGUUUACGUCGACGACUGCCCAGUAACAAUAAAACAAAUGACGGAACUCACAGAUUUGCUCUUCAAAAACGAAAUUAAUCUAGAUGUCUGUAGAAAAGUUCUAGAAGAAAUGGUCGAGUCUCCCGAUAGCGACGACUCGCCUACAAGGAUAAUAAAACAAAAAGGCUGGUCGCUAGUUACAGACGAAGAAGAAAUAGUCAAAAUAUGUAAAGGAAUUAUUGAAAAUAAUCCCAAUUUAGUGAAACAAUAUAAAGAGGGGAAGGGCAAAGUAUUCAAAGCUUUAUUAGGGAUAUUGGCUAAGAAUGCUCAGAGUAAGAUUGACAUGUCUGUUGCUGCGAAAAAGAUGGAAGAACUAUUAAAAAGUGAAAAAUAAAAAAUACAGAAUCAUAA